CCCCCCAUUCUCAAAAAAUUACACCCUAAACCAGCCCACGACAACGACCAACAAAACAUACUCUCUCUCACGCACACUCACAGUUAAAACAUUCCUAUACAAUCUCGAGCAUCAUCAAUGGUGGAUUGAAAAUUCACUGUUUUCAUGUGUAUUGAUCCAAUUCAAUUGAACCAUGACUAGUGAGGUCAACGAUUCAAGGUCUUCCAGAGCCAACAAUGGCACGCACUACGCCGCCUUUAACGGCGGCGGCGGCGGAGGGAAUGGCGGCGGUAGUGAGUUGAAGGACUGGAAGUUUCAUGCGGUGGAGUUCGGGAAGAGUUUGGCGGAGAUGAGCGUGGAGUUCGGGAGGGGUUGUAGGGAUGUGGUGAAUCAGAGCUUGCUGAGUAACGAUUCGUUUCUUGUGAGGAAAUUUGGGAGACCUUGCGCGAAGCUUUGUGCGAGAUUGAGGUUCUUGAAUCAGUAUCUCCCCGAGGAUCGCGAUCCGAUCCACGCGUGGACUGUCAUAGUCUUCGUUUCCAUUUUCGCUAUUGCAGCACUGAGUGUAAUUAUUGGACAUGAGACUAGCAGUCCAUUGUUAAAGAGAUUGUAUAUACAUCCUCCCGAUGCUAGUCGUAUAUUACUACCGGAUGGUAGACACUUGGCUUAUCAGGACCAAGGUGUUCUGGGCAACAGAGCUAGAUUUUCUAUCAUCAGCACACAUCCUUUUCUUUCAUCCCGACUUGCAGGAAUACCCGGGCUUAGGGCUUCACUACUGCAAGAAUUUGGCAUUCGCCUGGUAACUUAUGAUCUUCCAGGUUUUGGGUUAAGUGAUCCCCAUCCCAACAGGAAUCUUGAGUCAUCAGCUAUGGAUAUGUUACAAUUAUCAUAUGCUGUGGGUGUCACUGACAAGUUCUGGGUGGUAGGAUACUCAGGAGGGAGCAUGCAUGCUUGGGCUGCGCUCAGAUACAUUCCUGAUAGAGUAGCAGGUGCAGUCAUGGUUGCUCCAAUGGUUAAUCCAUUUGAACCAAGCAUGACAAAGAAAGAAAGAUAUAGAACCUGGGGAAAUUGGACACCACGAAGGAAACUAAUGUACUUUUUAGCUUGGAGAUUUCCUAGUUUUCUUGCUUACUUCUACCGGCGAAGCUUCCUGUCUGGAAAUCAUGGUCAGAUAGAUAAGUGGCUAUCAUUAUCGCUAGGAAAGAGGGAUAGAGCUUUGAUAGAGGAGCCAAUGUUUAAAGAGUUUUGGCAAAGGGACGUAGAGGAAUCAGUCCGACAGAGAAAUGUAAAACCAUUUGUGGAGGAAGCGGUAUUGCAGGUUUCAGAUUGGGGUUUCAGACUUUCAGACCUCAACAUACAAAAGAAACGCCGAGGAAAAGGCAUCACCCUUUGGCUUAAGUCUAUGUACAGCCAGGCAGAAGAAGAAUUGACAGGCUUUCUUGGCCCAAUACAUAUAUGGCAGGGUAUGAAUGAUAGAGUUGUCCCACCCUCAAUGACAGAUUUUGUGCAGCGGCUUCUACCAGGAGCGAUGGUGCAUAAGCUCCUUUACGAUGGUCAUUUCACCUAUUAUUAUUUCUGUGACGAAUGCCAUAGACAGAUUUUCACUACCAUUUUUGGAAACCCACAAGGGCCACUUGCCGCUAAAGUAGAUAGUGAAGAGAUAAUGGAAGAGGAAAACCUUGGUGAUUCUGUCAUGGACUGAGAACAUAUUCUGGUUCAGUUGAUCAGAUUCUGAUGUACAUACUACAGGUUUGCUCCAUUACUCGUCGAUCAAAUUAGUCUAUAAAGCCAUUAGUUUUGUUUGGAGUUUUGUAUUAGCACAGAUAGGGGUUGGCAACUUGAGGGGGGAAAUUUUGACUGCAGAGAGAGAGAGAGAGAGAGAGAGAGAGAGAGAGAGAGAGAAUAAAAAAAAAACACAGACUGCAAAUGAUUUCCCACCAAAUUUCAUCAUUUUUAGAACUCUAGCAGAAUGCUGAAAUCAUCCAGAAAUAGAAAGGCAACCGAAAACCCAGAUGCCAGAUACAUGACAUUUAUGCUAUGUUUGAUUCGCGGAUAAAAGAGGUAUUUUAUUCCGAAAUAAAAUAAUUCCAUGUUUAAUUUAGAUUGUAUUUUAUUCCGAAAUAAAA